GAAAUGACUUCCGUGGUUUCCUUUGUGAAUGCCACCUUCGUUCGCCCUCCAACUUUUUACAUCAGUGGAUUGUACAACAUGGCAUAUGCGAAGUAUUACUAUAUGUUUUUGUGCUUUGUGUACGCUGUGACUGUUUUAGGAAAUUCUUUUAUAAUAGGCACUAUAUAUCUGGCACGCACGCUGCAUACAGCAAAGUAUAUAGCUGUCUUUAACUUGGCCUUGUCUGAUCUGUGUGGAAGCUCUGCUCUUAUUCCAAAGUAUGCAGACAUGUUUUUGCAUGAGAACCAGUACAUAUCUUAUGAAGACUGUCUGACAAGCAUGUUUUUUGUUUUUCUUUGUAUUACCCUACAGUCCUAUACUCUGCUUGCUUUGUGUUUUGACAGAGUAAUUGCUAUAUGUUUUCCUUUGAGGUAUCAUGCUAUUGUCACCAAAACCACAAUGACUCUGAUCAUUGGUGUUGUAUGGCUUUUUUCUAUAUCUUUUGUCAUCGUUCGUAUAGCUCUGAUUACCAGACUGUCCUUCUGUAGAUCUACCACAGUUGACAGCUAUUUCUGUGAUCAUGGUCCAAUCUUCAGACUGGCCUGUAAUGAUAAUUCUCCUAAUUACAUGGUGUCUUAUUUCAAUAUUGCUAUUGUGCUUUGCCUUCCAAUGAUACUAAUAGCUUUCUCAUAUGUUUGUAUUGGUGUUGCACUGCUUAAGAUCUCACAUGGUGCUGAGCGAUUUAAAGCUAUGAAAACCUGCACUUCUCACCUCAUAUUAGUGGCUAUAUUUUAUCUCCCAAUAUUUAGUGUUUAUAUCACUGCUCUUACAGCAUACAUUCAUCCAAAUACUAGGAUAAUUAACUCAGUCUUAGCACAAACAAUUCCACCCAUGUUAAACCCCAUCAUAUAUACUUUGAAGACAGAGGAGGUAUUGCAGUCUAUUAAAGUACUCUACAAACGAACCAAGGUGAACUUUGCAAUGGAAGAUCCUGUGAAAAGCACUAUGAAGAAUUAA